UCAAAAGUUGAAAGGGAUACCGAAAGAAGGAAAGGAAAAGAAGAAACAUAGAAAAGUUUGUAAACCUAACCUUCCAAAUUAAAUUUUGCGUAAACCCAUCCCAUUCCUCUCCAAAUUCCAAUUUUCUUUUCUAUCCACAAAGUUCAAUCUCGUAUUUCGCAUUUCCAACAUCAAUUCAAGUUAUUUCGAGAUAGUUGUUUUCAUUUAUCCAAGAUGUUUCUCACUAGGACUGAGUAUGACAGAGGAGUGAAUACCUUCUCACCUGAAGGGCGGUUGUUUCAGGUUGAGUAUGCUAUUGAGGCAAUCAAGCUGGGCUCUACUGCAAUUGGGAUAAAGACUAAGGAAGGUGUUGUGCUUGCUGUCGAAAAACGUAUCACAUCUCCAUUGCUGGAGCCGAGCAGUGUUGAAAAAAUUAUGGAAAUUGACGAGCAUAUAGGAUGUGCCAUGAGUGGAUUGAUUGCUGAUGCUCGCACACUUGUUGAGCAUGCACGAGUGGAGACCCAGAAUCAUAGGUUCUCUUAUGGUGAACCAAUGACUGUUGAGUCGACUACACAGGCUCUAUGUGAUCUAGCGCUUCGUUUUGGAGAAGGAGAUGAAGAGUCAAUGUCUCGCCCUUUUGGUGUGUCUCUUCUCAUUGCAGGGCAUGAUGAAAAUGGACCAAGCUUAUAUUAUACAGAUCCUUCUGGUACAUUUUGGCAGUGUAGUGCAAAGGCUAUUGGUUCUGGUUCUGAAGGUGCGGAUAGCUCCUUGCAGGAGCAAUUCAGAAAGGAUUUAACUUUUCAAGAAGCUGAGACAAUAGCACUUUCCAUCUUGAAGCAGGUUAUGGAGGAAAAGGUAACUCCAAACAAUGUUGACAUCGCAAAGGUUUCCCCAACCUACCACUUGUAUUCUCCAUCUGAAGUCGAGGCUGUCAUCAGUCGUCUAUGAGGAGCACCUUGCAAAAAACCGAUGUGUCUGUCCCUAGUGCUCCUGAUUUCCUCUCGGGUGCUUCGCUUCUCUCUCGUUAACAAAUAUUGCUAAAAAUCAAUUUGGAGUUUUAUUUGAAUCUCCCUAUUGAAUUUGAGUUUCCAAAGCGGUUCUUGCACUCUAGCGAAUUCUGUUUGCUGGGUGUCUGAGCAUGAGAGGAACUUAAACCAUGAUGUUGUUAUGGAUUCUGGACAGGAACUUAGAUGUCAGGACCCUAUGCUUUCCGGAUAUGCUCUUGAUGUUGCAUUAAUAUUUCCGUUGUAGAGGGUUAGACUGGCUGCAAGAUUAACGGCAUCAUGUGAAAGUUCAGAUUCUAUCCUUUGCAUCACUGUCAGGUUUUAAUAUGAUAGAUUGUUUGCAUCUUAA